GGAAGAUGUGCUGUGUCAGUAACGACGGGAUCCCCGCGUGCCCAAGAAGAGAGAAAGAGAGAUGCAAGUUCUUUCUCCAGGACACACUGACACCAGGGAGGACGACUGCGAUUUUACCUGGUGAAUUUCCAUGCAAGUUCUUCCACACUGUCUCGGGCUGUAAGAAUGGAGACAGCUGCAAAUUCUCACACGCUCCUCUAACUGAAGAGACCACUGAACUCCUCGCACAGGUACUAGAACCAGCAAGAACUCCUACAAAAUGGGCAGCCCCAGCCCCCGUGCUGGGAUUCCCUCCAGCAAAUCCAGCAAAUGCUCAUGACGGUGUAAAGCUAGUCCACGGGCCGGACGCUCAGAUCAACAUCCGGUAUUUCUCCACAGCAUCAGUCAGUGAUGACACUGCGGCGAAGAGACCUAGUGACCCUAAUCUCACCAGCCCUCUCCUCAUCUCCAUCCCCAAACAGGUCCUGGGGGCCUCUCUCGUGGUGUCCAUCCCCCGACAGAAGCUCGGGCCUCCUUUUGGUACCGUUCGCAUCCCCCCUCCUCAUCCUGCCCCCGCCAAUCAGCCACAGAUUCCACCUCACUCCCUCCCCCGUCACUCUGCCCCCAUCCACCACUACUGUCCCCUCACUCCGCCACCCCACAAUCAAAUUUCCGCCCUCCCCUCGUCCCUCCAACGGGAACUCCAUCCCUGGUUCCCCCGCAAUCCGGACCCCCUGCUAAUUUCCCCGGGGCAGUCCCGCCCCCCAUACACAACCAACCCCUGCCCCCUCUUCCUCCUGGAGGAUGGCAAGUACCUCCGCCUCAGCCUGUACCUCUUUCCUGCUCCGUCAGGGGGUCUGCACAAUAUUCCACAGGUUCCCCUUGCUCAGCUCCCACCACCUCACAUGGCUGCACAGUUUCCUGCCCCCCUCGUCAGAGAGAAAAUGUCUCCUCCCGACCCCACCCUCCCACAUGAGGCUCGACCCAAAGAACAUUCUGUGGUCUGAGGACGACAGGCCAGAGUAUUGGGAGGCGGCACCAUUUGGUCAGCAACCACCACCUGGUGGUUCUUUCGCACCCCAACCCCCUCAUGUACCACAACCACAGGCCGUUGCAUACCACAGCAGCAACAACCAGUAUUGUCCAUUACACCGAGAAACCAGAGCAUACUCUUGGACAGAAUGGAUCCGAGACAGAACAGGAUGGAACCAAGACCAGGAGGCAGUAUGGACCCGCGGCGUGGAGGUCCCCUAGCUAACCCUCACCAGCCAGGGAUGGGUGACCCUAGACACCACAUUAGCAUUGGUGCUCCGGGCAGCUCCACCAUGCUGCCUACUGUACCUCCCUACCAGCCACCACACCCAGGGACCACACCCGCACAGUCAGCACCACACCCUGCUGGCUACCAAGGACCACACCCACCAAGUCAGGGAUGGGCCCAUCCACCCCCUCCUCAACCCAAUCUCCGCCCACAGUUCCCUUCCCCCAUCCCACCCGUAUCAAUCAACCCCGCCCAGCUGCCGCCCCACGGAGGACAACCAGGUGGACCCGGGACCUUCGGAAGCCCCACCCCCUACCAGCAACCACACCCCUCCUCAUCUUCAGGCAUUGCCCCUCUGACAAACUGGGGCUCUGCAAGUCCUGAAUCCAGCACUGUUCCGUCCCCCUCGGCCGGCAGAGAAGGGGAGCAAUCACGACCCCACAGAGUAGACCCACGGACAAAGUACUCUCAUCUCAAGAUCAAGUCUAAGAGCUCGGCGUCCCCAGCCAGUGGUGGUGGUGUACUGAAGGGAAGGGAAGGCGAGGAGGGAGCGGCCAUCGACAGGACACACAUGCCAAAACUCCUGCAAGAACCCCCAGCUCUCCAACGGCCAUACGACCCCCACGAACUCUUUGACAGCGCAGCAAGUAAGGACGUUGAGUCGGACUUCGCGGUUUCCGGUCCGUUUGGGAGCACUUUUGGGUCGUUUUUCACGCGGUCUUCGCCACCGCAGGCCACCGGUAAGAGCAGUGGUCUUCCAUACGGCGAAAUCACAAUGCAAGGUAUCACUGAAAAAGAACCGGCUUACUACCGUACAGGGGAAACAAGACGAGAACACCGUCGAAGCAGCAUCAUCGCAAACCCAUGAAGGUCCUCAUGUGGACGAAAACGAUAAGUCAAAUUCGACCAAAAGUGCUGCGGUGCCUUCGUACCUUGCAGAGCUUGGUGUGGAUAGCGACCUCACCAUUGACAGUGCUUUCAGCUCUCUCAUGGGAGGGGACGACAGCGGCAGGGGAGACGGGGAGCGGCGAGAAGACUGAAGUUAUGGCAAAAAAGUUGCCUAGCAUCUUUGGUUUCGGUUCUGGGACUUUAUGAUAAACAUUGGAGCUGUUUCUUUGGUGUUUGUAUGUCUGUGUGUUG